AUGCCACAGCUUGCGCUCCAGAGUGCAGAAGCGUCUGCUGCCUCUACUGCCUCCAGAUCCAACUCAAUCACCACUCCAGUAGAAGCGACUUCAUCAUCCGAUCAAAUCCGCUUUAACAGGGCUCGACCUCCCUACGAAGUCCUCGUUGACGAUAGUCCUACGGUUGGUCGCAUCAUUCGUCCGAGUCCAAGUGUCCCAUCCCUUGGUCCAUUGUCCUUGUCGAGUCCACGAUCCCCACGACCAGCUAUCUCAAGUCCACUCGCGACCUCUGCCAACUUCACUUACGGACAAGCAAGUCCCAGUCCGCGAACCGCCGCUUUCCCGACUCGGCUUACCCCAACGCCGACACAUCGAGCUAAUCAAGAACUUGAGAACAAAUCGAGUCUUGUUAAGCAGACCUCAUUCUAUAGCGAUUCCUCAGACGAAGGAUCCCCAGAACCUCACAGCCCUAGACAGGGCUAUGCAGGCAGUACGAAUGUUUUGCGAGCCGUCUCCGAGCCCAUAACUUCAAAGCCUGUUCCAGGCUCUGACUUAUCUAAAAAACCGGCCAUGGCGGGUCCGGUCUCCGUGGCCCAGGCUGAAGCUUCGAAAGGAGUCGCCCGGAACUCGUCUAUCGACUCGGCGAUUUCAGCAAUAUCCACCAAAUCAGGCACAACUGGGAGUCAAGAUGGUCCACAUGGACCUUCAGAGAUUGCCCAUCUUAUUAAGACAGCAGGCAGCCCCGAGACCCUUAUCCAGUACUUGCUGAAAGAGAAGCACUCCCAGUCACAGCAGAACAGCCAGUUAUGGCGUCUAGUGGACAAGCAACGGGCCAUGAUUCUCGGCCUUAACAAGGACUUGGAAAGGGCUUUGAAGGAUAAGGAAAAGUAUAGGAAGAAGCUAAAAGAAGUCAUUUCGCUUUCCUCUGCUUCGGUAUCACCUCAAGAGAAUACCCAAGAAGCUGUUGAAGUGCCUGUGCCUUCGCUUCCUCGAGUUGAUAUUGAACGAGCUAAGGAACAAACCGCACCAGAGUCACCGGUCCUCGAAGCCGAAAGUCCUCGAAAUUCACCGAUCGAUAUUACCAUAGCGCCUUAUCCUAUUACUCCUCCAGCAGAUCAGCCCAGCGCACCACAUUCAGCAGUGGGCGAACUCUUGAACCCUGCACAUGCUAUGCCCAAACCGCAAGACCACGCUUUAGACAAGUACGAUCACGAGGCUGAAGAACGGGCCGCCGAGGAGGCAAGGAAGGAGAAGGUUGAUGAGCCUCUGAAAGAGAUUCCUUACAAUGUCGCCAUCCCUCCAUCGCGGAGCCUCCCCAGUGAACCGCCCAAAAUGCCACCGCCGAAGCCGCCAGUAAACCACCUUCCUACAGUCGCGGUUCUCGAGGCUACUCCCCAACCUGACGAAGGACUAUCCAAGUUUCCGGUGCCGCCACCGAGGAAGCCACCUCCAGCACCCCUGAAGUUGAAGCAAGAAAUGAGGACGCAGUUGAGCCCAUCUCCGGAGGAUGGAGAGACUGAGUCCGACUUUGAUGAUAUACUGGAAGUAGAUGAAAUUGUUCACGAUCGACGAGGUCGGCGAAGAACCCGAGAAGAAGACGAUCGAGACCGAGAGAUUAUUGCUUUCAAGGAGGCGGCUGCGCGCAGUGCAUCUAAAAAGAGCAAGUCAAGCAGGUCCAGUCAACCUGGAUCUCCUAUUCAAAUGCCCCAGGCCCCUGCACAGGAGCUCGCUACAGCCUCACUCGGUGAAAUGCUCAGCGCAACAAAGACAAGGGAAAUCCCUGCGCCAUUGUUAAGUCCCGGUCUCCCUGCAAGUCCUCGGCCUUCAAACUUCAGCUCGCCUCCUUUGUCUCCAAGGUCGAUGAAUUUUCAGGCUGCGCCAUUGUCCCCACGACCACCUCGUCAACCAAUUCCAUUACCACCAAACACCCCUUUAGCAACUCCGGCCCCAAUCCCAGCUCGAGCAACUGGCAAAAGCAUCGUCUCUGAAGAAACUUCGGUAUCGCAGAAAAGUCGCACCGUACAGCAAGAACCCAUCAGCCAUCCUGAUCAACCAUCCAUCAGAAUGUCAAGCCCUAGCGAGCGUACAGAAAUCUUCAAAGGCCUGGUCACAGAAGAAUAUCCAGACCUUCUGCUCCCGCCCAAUGCUCUGCCCUCUAUUAAAAUUGCAGUUGCAUCAUCACGCAUGAAACCAUCUCGAGCAAGUAUGAUGUCUCUCACACAACUCGAAGAAGACCCGGUGUUUACUCUCGCUAUCAUCUCGCGAUCGGACAAUGGCGAGCUUUGGAGAGUGGAGAAAGACUUGGCUUCGUUGACAAAACUUGAUCAAAGGCUCAAGCAAUGUACAUCCUACACAGUCAGAGCUCCAGAACGUUCGCUGUUCAGUGGUCAUGCGCCGGCCAAGCUCGAUGCCCGUAGGACGGUCCUGGAGCAGUUCAUGGAUGACAUUUUGGACAUUCCUUUCGACACCAAAACAGCUGUCGAACUUUGCAAAUAUUUGUCAACUCAUGUUCUCCCACCAAAUCUAGACGACUCGGUAUCAAUUGGUGAUUCGAGCUCUGAAAUGAAUGGCAACAAGAUCGGGCCCGACGGGCGACCUUGUCGCAGUGGUUAUCUAACAAAGAAAGGCAAGAAUUUCGGUGGCUGGAAAGCAAGGUAUUUUGUUCUCAAUGGGCCUCUACUAAAGUACUUUGAAGUGCCUGGAGGUGCUCACUUAGGCACAAUUAAGCUACAGGGGGCGCAGAUUGGCAAGCAGAAUCAGAAUAACGACAACCAGUCACCAGCGCAUGUAGCAAACGGUGAUGACCUGGAUAACCAAUUCCGUCAUGCUUUCCUCAUCCUGGAACCGAAGAAGAAGGACACGAGCAGCCACUUCAGACAUGUUCUUUGUGCCGAAAGUGAUAGGGAACGGGAUCUCUGGGUGGAUGCUCUCCUCCAAUGGGUUGAUUAUCGUGAUCCUGAAGAUUCUGAACCUCCACCAUCCCGGGGUGGACCUGUUCAGGAUCGCCAAACUCAAGGUACAGCCACAGCCACAGCCACAGCCACAGCCACAGAGCGUCCCUCUGCAGGCAAAGUUCGAAAACCCCCUGGGAAGCCAUACCAUCAUCCCUCGGAUUCGGAUACAUUAGUUGGCGUCCGGUACGAUUCCACUCAAGCAGGAGAUGCCCCCCAAGUUUCUGGGCCUGCUCGACCCAAGACUUCAGGUGGCAUGCCUGACCAACAUCACAGCCAUGGGUUUGAUAGCUUUUCCUCAUCUCAGAGUAAGAUCAUUUCUGGACCCAAGGAUCCACAGCCUAUAUCCGACUUGGGUGCUUGGGGAAACAAACCGAACUAUGGCCCGACGCCUGAUGAAAAGAAACAGAGAAAGCGAAGUUUCUUUGGGUUUGGACCCAAGACCAGGUCUUCAUCAGAGGGUCAAGAUUCCUUGUUUGGUGGUAGCGAUGUUGGUGCGAAUGCAACCCCACCACAGAACUCUUACCAAGGCCCUGUGCGACAAGCCUUUGGAGCACCGCUUGCGGAAGCUGUUCGAUUUUGUUCUCCUACAGAUGUCAAUGUACCGCUCCCUGCCGUCGUUUACAGAUGCAUCCAGUAUUUGGAUUCCAAGAAUGCUGUGCUUGAGGAAGGAAUCUUUCGACUCAGUGGAUCCAACGUGGUUAUUAAGCAACUUCGAGAACGGUUCAAUGUCGAAGGGGAUAUCAACUUGUUGACUGACCGUCAAUACUAUGAUAUUCAUGCUGUGGCCUCGCUGCUGAAACUGUAUUUGCGAGAACUACCAACAACAAUAUUGACAAGGGAUUUGCACAUGGAGUUUUUAACAACGAUGGAGAUUGUGGACCAUGCCGAAAAGAUGACUGCUUUGGGUGAGCUGGUUCACCGGCUCCCUCAAGCUAAUGCCACCCUGCUCAAGUAUCUGAUUGGCUUCCUGAUCAAGAUUAUCAACAACGCGGACAUGAAUAAGAUGACUGUUCGCAACGUUGGCAUUGUCUUUUCACCAACCCUAAACAUACCUGCACCGGUCUUCGCCAUGUUCCUCCAAAACUACGAGGGAAUCUUCGGUGUCGAUCCUGAGGUUUAUGAGCUUCCUUCACCUAUUUCUGAACCCGAGUUGCAGCGCUUUGAAGCACCGCCGCGAUUCGAUCUACCUGCUCGCCCAUCAACGUCUGGUAGCUCAUCUCCUCACGGGCAGAUGCGGAAGGAUAAUAUUCGAGAACUACAGCGAUCUACUCCGACUCCUCCGCUUCUCGUCAACAAUGCUCCAGUGCGAGCCUCACCUCCUUCAAGCGCUACUAGGCCUGGUUACGAAUCUCCAGCUGGCGCUUACGAUAUGGGUUACCGACCACCUUCAGCCAACGAAGGACGCGGUGCCUACGACCGACGUUUCUUGCAAGCUUCACAUGAGGAUCUCGCCAGCGCCUCCGCAGCAUACGAUCAAAGCUUUGUACCCAGCAGCAGACGCCGUGAGAGUGCCAUCUUCAUGGGUGGCAUGAUGGGUCCCCACCAUCAGGGAUCCAAGAGUCGCUUGCGAGAAGAAACGCGAUUCUAA